AUGUGUAAUGUUAUAAUGAAUGCAAUCAAAAAGGAACUUCACCUCAGCUACAAGUGUGGCCUCGUUAUUACUGUAGCCUUAGGCCUAGUUCUAAUCUUGCCGCCAGCCAUUGUUUUAGCCUUGAAUUUAUCUUUAGCCCUAGCCUCAGACCUAGCUACAAGCCUAGCUUCAGCCCCAGUUUCAGCUCUAGUUUUAGCCCCAGAUUCAGCCCCGGCUUUAGCCUCAGCUUCAACCUCAACUGCAGCCCCAGCUUCAGCCCAGCUUCAGCUCUAUGCUUUACCAUAUGAUGUUAAAGCAAUAUAUUUAUGUAAGUGAAAAAGUGUUAUCGCCUUAUGUUUGCAAAUCAUACCGUCGGAUGUUGGUCAAGUGCAAUAUAUAGCUUAUUAUAUGUCCUUAUAUAAAUUGCGUCAGCGAUAGGGUUACUACAAGUUCAACAUAUGUAUUUGAAGGUAAAAUACGCUUAAUAUAACGUUUUUUUAAAUUCAUUUUUCAGAAAAAAUAGGCUUAAACCGUGUUGUUAGCUUAAAAUUGUGUGCUAAGCCUAAGUUUUUUAUCUAAACUUAAGCUUUCACUUAAAAUCAUACCUUUACUCUUUACUUUAUAGUAUUUACACCAAAAUAAAAUCGUAUAUUCAACAUAUUAUGACAAAACACAACCCACUCUAUAUUAACCACAUAUUAACCAUGAUCGAAUCCGUACAUUCAACAUAAUCAAACCAUGUCAUAAAAGCGGUAAACACCGCCGAGAUCCACAAAACCCGCCUGUUGACAUAGUGAAUCGGUGGGGCAUAAUCCCGGGUAAUAAAAUUUAUAUGGAAUUUUGGAAUUCCGGUUUUAUUUAGUUGGAUUACUGUGCUCAAACAGUUGUAAAUGAAGAGAAAAGAGAGAUAUUGGUAAAGAGAGGUAAGGGGAGGUGAAAGAUAAGAUAGGGAGAGAAUAGAAGACGGUACCAUAAUGAAGAGAAAUUAAAGUGAUAGUUAAUAAAGAAAGAGAUAAUGAACUUUAGCCUAUAAUGAUCAUUUCCAAUAUCAUAAGCUCAGUUUUAAUGGAAAGAAGAAGAGAGAAUCUGAUUCGGAAACGGCAUGA